ACCAUCCCUGUAGCUUCCCGGGGAGACGCGCUCGUCCGGUCCCCAGGGGCCGGCGAGGCCGCCCACCGCGCGGCGCCGCCCCGAGGUCCCGGGAAGUGGACCCGCGGUUGUCCGGGCCCCCAGUCAAGCCGCGCGCCUGCCCCCUGAGGCCCCAAACCCGCGGAGAGCGCGUGGGGUGGCCGCUACGGGGUCCCAACCCGCCCGGGCUCCCUGAGCGGUCCAUACAGCCCGCGCCCGGCCGCCUUCCCGGAAACGCCCACGCCGCGGGGAAGGCGGGGCCGCGGACACCCGGCGGCGCGCCCAGCGCCCCGCUAUCUGCAAUAAUUGCAGCAUCUGCCGCCGCCUGGGGCGAUGCGCCACCCGGAAACCGGCUCCGCCAGGCUACACCGCAGGCCUUUGAGCCCCUUUUCGCAUCCGUGGGGCUGAGCUGGCUGCCUGAGCCGGAGAGCUUUAGAUCCUGUUCUUCUUCCCUCUAUCAUUCUUAAUUAUAAAUCAUGGAGAAUCAAGAUAAAACAAGUAACCAUGAAGAUUCAGAACCAUCCACAGAGGUGAAUCACACAGCCUCCAGGUGUCAAGAAAAACAGGAGGAAACAGUUAUGAACCCCAGAGGUAUAGAUGGAAAUGAACCAACAGAAGGAAGUAACCUACUGAAUAGCAAUGAAAAAAUGCAAGAAACACCAGCUGAACCAAAUCAUUUGCAAAGACUAAGACAAACAUUUGCUUGCCCUCCACGUGGUUUACUGGAUAGAGUAAUAACAAAUGUUACCAUGGUGGUUCUUCUGUGGGCUAUAGUUUGGUCAAUUACUGGCCCUGAAUGUCUUCCUGGAGGAAACCUGUUCGGAAUUAUAAUCCUAUUCUAUUGUGCCGUCAUUGGAGGUAAACUUUUGGGGCUCAUUAAGUUACCUACAUUACCUCCACUGCCUCCCCUUCUGGGCAUGCUGCUUGCUGGGUUUCUCAUCAGAAAUAUCCCUGUCAUCAGUGAUAACGUACAGAUCAAGCACAAGUGGUCUUCUGCUUUGAGAAGCAUAGCCCUGGCUGUCAUAUUGGUUCGCGCUGGCCUUGGGCUUGAUUCGAAUGCCCUGAAGAAGUUGAAGGGUGUUUGUGUAAGAUUAUCCUUGGGUCCGUGUCUUGUGGAGGCGUGUGCAUCUGCUCUUCUUGCCCACUUCCUCAUGGGUUUACCAUGGCAAUGGGGAUUUAUGCUGGGUUUUGUUUUAGGUGCUGUAUCUCCAGCUGUCGUGGUGCCUUCAAUGCUCCUUUUGCAGGAAGGAGGCUAUGGUGUUGAAAAAGGCGUCCCGACCUUACUCAUGGCUGCUGGCAGCUUCGAUGAUAUUCUGGCCAUCACUGGCUUCAACACCUGCCUGGGCAUGGCCUUUUCCACAGGCUCCACAGUUUUUAAUGUCCUCAAAGGAGUUUUGGAGGUGGUAAUUGGUAUGGCAACUGGAUUGCUUCUUGGAUUUUUUAUUCAGUAUUUUCCAAGCAGUGACCAGGACAAGCUCGUGUGGAAGAGAGCAUUCCUGGUCUUGGGGCUGUCUGUGCUGGCUGUGUUCAGCAGCCUGUAUUUUGGUUUCCCUGGGUCAGGAGGCCUGUGCACGCUGGUCCUGGCUUUCCUUGCAGGCAAGGGAUGGGCCAGCGCAAAGGCCGACGUUGAAAAGGUUAUAGCAGUUGCCUGGUUCAUCUUUCAGCCCCUUCUCUUUGGACUGAUUGGAGCAGAGGUAUCCAUUACAUCUCUCAGACCAGAAACUGUAGGCCUUUGUGUUGCCACCCUGGGCAUUGCAGUAUUGAUACGAAUUUUGGCUACAUAUCUGCUGGUGUGUUUUGCUGGUUUUAACUUUAAGGAAAAGAUAUUUAUUUCUUUUGCAUGGCUUCCAAAGGCCACAGUCCAGGCUGCAAUAGGAUCUGUGGCUUUGGACACAGCAAGAUCACAUGGAGAGAAACAGUUAGAAGGAUACGGAAUGGAUGUGUUGACAGUGGCAUUUUUGGCCAUCCUCAUCACAGCCCCAAUUGGAAGUCUACUUAUUGGUUUGCUAGGCCCCAGACUUCUCCAGAAAGCUGAACAUCAAAAUAAAGAUGAAGAAGAUCAAGGAGAGACUUCUAUACAGGUUUAGAGGUGAAAAGAGAGAAUGCUGAAUAUAGUCAUCAGAAAGCUGCUCUCGGAGGCUACUUUUAUCAACUAGCAGAGGCUACUUUUAUCCAUGUGGAUAUUGACAUAUGUAAUGUUUAAGCUUAAAAUAUACUAGAACCAAAGUGUGGCUAUUUCUUUAAACAGCAUUUUUAGUCAUUACCCUUUCCAUAUGGGGGGACGGGGGUAAUGUUCUACAUCUCCAACCUGAUCUCUACCUUCUUUUUUUUUUUUCACACACCUAUUCAUCAUUAUAUCUUAAUUUUUAUAGGGACAUAUACACUUGAAUGUACUACCACAAUUUAAUUUCAGUGUCCUGUUCUGCUAGCCAACAGCAUGCUCUGACUUACUAUUACCAUCACAGUUUCAUGAUUCAUGGUCACCUAGCCUCUCAUGCCUUGAAUUGUUUUGGGCUCCUCUUUUCUUUUUUUAAAAUACCAUAAUACAAUCCCUCAUCAAUUUCUACAACAGCCUCAUGAAUAUCAUAUUAAUCAGGGUAAGGUAAGCUGCUAUAAUGAAGAAAUGAAACAUGAAAUACUUAAAUAGAGAAAUUUAUUUCCCUCUUAUGAAACCAGCUGACAGGGUUACUCUGCUCAUGCGGUCUACUCAGAGACCCAUGUCCUUCUGUCUUGAGGCUCUGCCAUGCCCUAGCUUAGGACAAAGGUUAUAGAUGUUUGUCCCCUUUCUAAUCCUCGGGAAGAAGGAAAAAAGAAAGUCCAAGGCAAGCAAUUUAUUUUUUUAUUUUAUUUUUUUAAUUUUAUUUAUUUAUGGCUGUGUAGGGUCUUUGUUUCUGUGCGAGGGCUUUCUCUAGUUGUGGCAAGCAGGGGCCACUCUUCAUCGCGGUGCGCGGGCCUCUCACUAUCGCGGCCUCUCUUGUUGCGGAGCACAGGCUCCAGACGCGCAGGCUCAGUAAUUGUGGCUCAUGGGCCCAGUCGCUCCGUGGCAUGUGGGAUCUUCCCAGACCAGGGCUCGAACCCGUGUCCCCUGCAUUGGCAGGCAGAUUCUCAACCACUGCGCCACCAGGGAAGCCCCAGCAAUUUAUUUUUAAGGAAGUGAUGUGGAGUUGGACACAUCUCUCCUCUUACAUAAUGUUAGUGAAGACCACACCCCGCUGUGAAGAGGCUGAGAAAGUGUCUCUCACUAAGCAUUCACAUUCCUGGGAGAUGGAAAGAUCAGAUUUGAGAGCCAGAAGUACCAUUGUGUUGGGUGUUGCCAUCACCUAAUAGCAUAUUCUUGCAGGUUAACAAGGACUAUCUAAAGAUAGUAACUUUAACCAAAAGAGUGACUUCUGUGGCAGGAAUUUCAGGGAUUGCAACAUGCUAGUAGAGAAGAUAACAAGAAAGGCGUAUCUGCAAAAGUCACAUUUUAUCCCACUUAAUCAACAGAACAUCUCUGCCUUUGUGUGUCACCCGUUAAGUUCCUCUACUCUAGGUCAACUCCUGCCUAGUUGUUAGAAUAAUCAUGUUUAAAUAAACAUGUCAUUAGACUACCUAAGGGUCUGAUUUAAUAGCAGACAAACAUUUGAACAAACUGUAAAAAGGGAUAUAAGUGCUCUGACAGAAGUGCGAAUAGGGUACAUACACCCUUCAUUUAGUUAUUAGACUAACAUCUCAUAUUGAAAUAAUCUUAUCAUUAGACUACUGUUCCAGCCCCUUCCACCAUGACAUUCACCUCUGUUCAAAACUAGCUUAAUUUUUAUUAAGCUAACAUACUACGAAGCCAUAGAAUCUUCAUUUUUAUGUAUGUCAGCCUGACUCUGGUUACUUUCUGGGACUGUAUUCCCUUAGUGUUUAUGUUCUCAAUUUGGACUGGAUUAAUGUAUACCAAAGUUCAGAUGGAUGAACUUCCUUGGCCAGGUGCACCUUGGUGGUAGCACCAUAAACUUAAUGCUCACCUGGUCCUCUACUUUCACAAGCUCUGAAACUAGAUUCAUCCAACAAUUACUUACUGAAAGCCUUUGGUGACCCAGGCACAUCAUGAAGACUAAUAUUGUUCCCAUCUUUAAGGAUCUGACAGUCUGAUAGAGGAGAGCAACCAUUAAACAAGAGACUGCAAAACAGUAUGAUACGUGCCAUGAUGCAGGAAGUAGAGGGGCGCCAGGGAGCUCAUAGCAGGGGCACCUUAUCAAUCCAGGGGGAGGUGCAGUUUAGACACAGCCUCCAGAGAAAGUAGGACUCGGGUUAGGACAUGGGGGAUGAUUAGGACUUAGCAAAAGGCAUGUGAGGCCCAAGGGUGCUGCAGUUAGUGCUGGUUCCCAUGUUCACCAGUAGCUCUUCUCCAUGUAACAGGCUUUGAAUACUUUUUAACUAAUACAAAAUACAGUUAGUAUAAGUAAAUGAGAAUGUUGUUAUAAAUAUUCAAGGCCCCAAAGAAGAAUUAGACAUGGAAAUUUACAGAAUGUAGAAAUAGUUGAAGAGCACAGUAAGCCACUGCCAUAGCCUAUGCCAUUUUCAGAGCAUGCAGCUACUUCCUACCUCUACUGGGUCAGCAGCCCCCACCCAAAUCUCUAUGGCUCUCUGUCCAGUAUUGGUCUCAGCAGGGCUCACCAUGAAGUCUCAGGUUUGUCACCACAUCGUAAGGCACAGCUCUUGACUUGGCUGGUGAACUCAGAGUUAAUUUGAUACAGAGUGUUGACUCAAGACAACCAAACUUACUCCACCCACGCAACCACAGAUAGAAACCAUUACUCUAACCUCUGGGUACCUGAAAGAACAGUGUAUGUAUCCUAUACACACUUCUGUCAUAGUACUUAUAGUCCUUUUUUCAGUUUGUUUAUAUGUUUGUCUCCUAUUAAAUUAACCCCUGAGGGGUGGGAACCUUAUCUUGGCCAUCGUUGGAUCCUCAGCAGUUUGCACAGGGCAUGGAGCACAGUGGGCAUUUAGUAAAUUUUUAUUAACUGAGUCAGUGAGGAGAUUCUCUUCCAGUAUCAGAAAACUACCUGCCACAUAACAGUUUAGAUGUCAGUCUGCUUAGUCUAUCUUAGUCUGCUUGGGCUACUACAACAAAAUACCAUAGACUGAGUGGCUUAAACAACAGAUAUUUAUUUUCUCACAGUUCUGGAGGCUGGAAGUCAAACGUGAAAGUUGCCAGCAUCAUCAGGCUCUAAUGAGGGCUCUCUUCGUAGCAUGCUAAUAACCUCCUUCUCGCUGGGUCCUCACAUGGUGGGGGGAAAAAAUGGGGAUGGAAGAGAGUGUGCAAGCUCUCUGGUGUCUCUUCUUAUAAAGUCACUAAUCCUACCAUGAGGGCUCUACCCUCAUGAUCUUAUCCAAUCUAAUUACCUCUCAAAGUCCCCAUCUCCAAAUGCCAUCACAUUGGGGGGUUAUGGCUUCAACUUACGAAUUUGGCGGGGGGACACAAUUCAGUGCACAGCAAGGGUGUCAUACUUCCAAGGACAGUGCUAAACAAACACUAUAAAUUCAUGUUCUUCAACACCCCUAUUUUUCCUAGGGUUGGUGCCAUCAAUCUCCCCUUUGAGAAGUGUUUGUUUAUUGUCUGUUUGUUUGUCUUUAGGCAGACUGAUUAGGUUUCAGCUCUUCAAGUUAUUUUCACAGUCCAGUGUUCUUCUCUCUGGUAUUAACUCCAUAUAAC